GUAUUGUCUUCGCGCCAUUGUUUGCUUUUCAGUCUGUCUUUGUGCCAUUGUUUGCUUCUCAUUCUCUCUCUCUCUCUCUCUCUCUCUCUCCCUCCACUCUUCAAGCAAAUCUCAAUCAUGGUAGAACAGCUCCAAUAGGUUGGCUUCAUCAAUCAGGAUUUUGUACUAGUACGUGAUUGAUUGGUUGAAGAUGGAUGAUUUAGCAAUUGCUACUCAAAUGAGUGUUCAUGGGAAGGAUGAUGUGCAAUCAAAACGUACAAUACGUGUGGAAUUUGACUCGGAGCAAGCUGCAUAUGAUUUUUAUGCUUCUUAUGGAAGAAGAGUUGGAUUUAGUAUUAGAAGAGGUUAUGCUGCCAAAAGUAAGAGUGGUGAAAUUACUUCAAGGACAUUUGUUUGUUCUAGGGAGGGGUAUAAAAAACCAGAUAAAAGAGACUGUCGUGUGAAGAAUGCUGGGCUAGAUACAAGAACAGAUUGUCGUGCUUCGAUGAGUAUUAAAUUAAAUAGACAAACUGGGAAGUAUUGGGUUAUCAACUUGGUUGAAACACACAACCAUCCCCUUGUAGUAGGUGUAUCUCCCGAUCAAAAGAAUUACCUACGAACGAAAAGACAGAGAAUGAUGGCUUUCGGAGAAGCAGGGAUCAUCUUAAAGUACUUUCAGAAUCAAAGAUUACAGGAUCCUACAUUUUUUUAUGCUGUGCAAUUGGAUAGUGAGGAGAAAAUUACUAAUGUUUUAUGGGCAGAUACUAGAAUGAUAAUGGACUAUGGUAAAUUUGGGGAUGUUGUGGCAUUCAACACAACGUACAAACUUGAUAGAGAAAACCGACCAUUUGUUCUGUUCAUUGGCUUUAAUAACCACCAAGAAACCAUUGUUUUUGGGGCUGCAUUGAUGUAUGAUGACACAGUAGAUUCAUACGUAUGGUUAUUUCAAACUUUUUUAGAGGCAAUGUCAAAUAAGCAUCCAUAUACUAUUUUUACAGAUCAAGAUGCGACAAUGGCUAGGGCCAUUUCAUUUGUGAUGCCCAACACGUACCAUAGGUUAUGUACAUGGCAUAUCAAGCAAAAUGCAUUGAAGCAUGUGAAUAGCAUUUUCAAGGGUCCUGGUGGGGUUAGCGGUGUAUUGGAAAAGUUUAUGAAUGACUAUGAAGGAGUGGAAGAAUUUCUUACAGCUUGGAAGGCUAUGUUAGAUGAGUAUGGUGUUUACAAUAAUACUUGGUUGCGUAGCAUUUUUGAGUUGAAAGAAAAAUGGGUAAGGGCUUAUGUUAAAUGGGGAUGGUCAGCAGGGAUGAAGAGCACUCAACUUAGUGAAAGUUUAAAUGCUGAUUUGAAAGACUGUUUGAGAUCAGAUUAUAAUUUGGUACAAUUUUUCACACACUUUGAGAGGAUGCUUAAUGAAAACCGGUAUAAGGAGUGUGAAUCUGAGUAUGCAUUGUCAUACAAGUUGUCUGAUAUAAUAAAAGUGCCAGUUCAGAUGUUGAUUCAGGCAGGAACUAUUUACACCAGGGCUAUAUUUGAAGAAUUCCAAGAUCAAUAUGUGGGGGCACUUGAGCUAUGCAUAACAAAUCGUGCUCAGGGAGUCAAUUGUCUAUUUUAUACUGUUACAGCAUAUAAGCAUGUUAGAAUACAUCAAGUCUGGAUGGACAGAAAUGGUUACGUCACAUGUUGUUGUAGGUUGUUUGAGAUGAAAGGUAUCUUGUGCAGUCAUGUUAUAAAGGUCCUUAAAGAUGAAAUGAACAUUAUGGAAAUUCCAAGUCAUUAUAUCCUAAAAAGGUGGACAAGAAAAGCAAGAGCUGAAAUGAUUCAAGAUUUUCUUGGAUGCAAUAGUGAGGUCGACCCUAAGUUGGAACAGAGUAGCCGAUAUAGGUCUUUGUGCUCCCUUUUUAUUAAGAUAUUAUCCAGGGCAUCUGAAUUGGAAGAGACCUAUAAGAUGUCAGUUGAGCAUGGAAAAAAUUUGCUUAAACUUGUUGAAGACAUGUUAGAAUCACACGUUAACGAUCAAACACUUGAUACGAGUCGCAGCUCUUCUUCCUUUGUAAGUGAGGACAAUGAUAAGGGAGGUUGCAUGGAGAAUAAAAAUGUCACUCAAGCAAAGGGACUAAAGAAAAAGAUUGUCUCCCACUAUGGAAAGCGACGGCGAUAUAAACGUAUCUUGGAAAAGGCAUUAGUUUUGGCAAGAAAAAGAAAAAAAUUUCGUCAGGCUGUACAAAUACCUCCAAACGUGCUCCCAUAUUUAAUGUCACAAUGUGGUAACGUACCCAAUUCAAUGCCUUGGAUAUGGAAUGGAAUGCCUCAAUAUACCAAUUUCCAAGCAUUAUGUCAAGGACCUUUUGUUAAUUAUGUGAUUCAGCCAUCCCAACGCUCAGUUAGCACACAUUGUAGUCAGGUUGUCAAUCUAAAUAUUGGUGAUAAUCGGCAUACACCUGCAAAUUCUGAACACCUCGGAGACAAGCCGACAACUUAGGUGGAAGUUUGGGUUGAUGUGACCAGUUGCGAGAAGCAGCUUUUGGAACUGCUUGUGUAUUGCUGUUAGAUUAGCUACUAGUUGUGUUAAUUUGUAUUGAUGCUUAAACCUGUUAAUUUGUAUUGGUACUUUGGAUUGAACAGUAUGCUAUCUUUGCUUCAUUGGCAUGUUUUGUUGCAAAAGCAACUGAUGGGAGUUGAGCUGGUCUGUUUUUUCUGUUUUAUAUGAUAACUGUUAUGUUGGCUUCUGGCCACCUGGUCUUUUCCUUCAAUGGGGUCUUUAUUUGUGUGAUCGUUUUAUUUUCUUUCAUUUUAGUACUAUUUUGUGUCUUUAAUCAAAUAUUACACCUUUCCUGAUCAA